UAUUGUGAGCUAAAAAAAUAAAAUAAUCUGUGGAUUUAAGUAAUUUUAAAAACAAAUACUGCCAAAAUUGGUCAUUUGAUAAAACUGUGAAUUAAAAAUUGGGAGGAAGGGUAUUUCCAACUGCGAAUUGCUACUGAGUCGCAACAAAAUCGAUACAUUUCUUACAUUGGAUGGUUACUAUUGAUGAAAAGUGGUUCAGUAAUAAAAGCAUCAAGCGAAAACGGUUGUAGCGUAAUUGCGGCGUGGAAUGAUUGGUUCAGUGAAAAACAUGAAUCGAACCGUGUUUUAUAAGAUGAAUAUAAAAGCAACAAGAAACAAGUCUGUGUUGAAAAUUAUGGGCGCGUUUCCAACGAUUUCACGCUGUGCGCUCUAUAUAUUGGUCACACUUGCAACCUUACACUUAACGUUGGCCGAAAUAACUAACUGCACGUUCGCGGAUACUGUUAACAUAACGGACAGUCAGUUACUUGUAAAUGGGUCUUACAACUUUGAAGGUUUAUCUGUGCCACCCCAUUUGACUGGGUAUUACGAGUACAUUGAGCUCUUCGGUGGAACGCAUGAGUUCGUGGCGAAACAUUUACGUGGCUGCGUAUGUCAACUCAAGCGUUGUGUCAAAUUCUGUUGCCAUCCCAGAGCCAAUAUGUAUCGAUUAACGAAAAAUUCGCGAGCGCAAUUUGAUGAGCAAUUGAAUGAAGAGCUUACAUAUUCGCCAUAUUUAAAUAUCACCCUGCAUAACAGUAGUCGACCACAGAUGCAUGUGGUGGAUGAGUUUGUGGUGCAACAGGGCAUACCCUGUGAUCCGGGAUAUAUGUUAAUGCCGCAUGAGUGGGAACUGUUUGAGAAUGGCUCGGUGCUGCGUGUUACUGACCAGUUGCUCAUUUCGAGACGAGAUUAUUGCCUGGAUGCUUAUCGUAUACGUGAUCGAUUUGUACUAAAUCCAAUGAACUGCGAUGACAGGUUGAAAAAAUCACCAAACAUAAUGCUCAAUACGAUAAUUAUGUUAAUUUCUCUGCCUUUUCUCUAUGCCACCAUAUUGAUCUUUUGGCUGAUUCCCGAACUGCGGAACUUGCAUACCAAAUGUCUAAUUUCUUAUCUACUUUCGUUAGCUAUUGGCAAUACCUUGAUUAUAACCAUUAAUUUGAGAAAAUCGGAUUACGUCAAGGCAGUGUGUGCUGCUAUGGGAUUCAUCGCCUACUACUUCCUCUCAGCUGUCUUCUUCUGGCUUAAUGUGAUCUGUUUUGAUAUGUGGCAAAUUUUUCAUGGCACCAAAGCGAACUUGACACAAUGUAAAUGGAUUAACUACUACUCACUCUACGGUUGGGGCAUGCCAUCUGUUAUGACCGCUAUAACUGUUAUCUUACAGUAUUCCGACAUACCAGACGAACUGAAGUCGGGCAUUGGCGUCACACAUUGCUGGUUGAAAAGUAACGAUUGGUCAGCGAUGCUGUACUUCUAUGGCCCUUGCUUUUUACUUAUAGCCAUCAAUAUUGUUAUCUUCUAUGUAACUGUAAAGAGGAUCUAUUAUAUACGCAAAGAAUUAGACAUGUUGACCCAAGAACGAGAUGGUUUGAGUCGCUUGCGUUCACAACAAAAUAACACUUUUAGUGUUUGGCUCUUCUUUCGCAUGUUCAUUAUAAUGGGCAUUAAUUGGCUGUUAGAGAUAAUCGCUUAUAUGAUUGAUAACAAGAGCAAGUAUGCUGUUAUAUUCCAAAUAACGAAUAUUUACAACGGUUUUCAAGGAUUGAUUAUAUUUAUGUAUUUAUUUAUAUAUUUAUUGGUUAUGAAGAAGAAAGUGCUUCACGCUGUAAUGGCAACGGUUUGGACAGCACAGAACUGAGACAUCAAGGCGGCUGAGAAUAUAAUAAACCGAAUUAAAAGAGACAACGAUGGCUAAACAAAAAUCUUCGUGUGACUUUCCCAAUUAAGACGUGUUUCAAUGAUUGGAAGACGUGUAGACAAAAGUGCAUAAUACAGAUUUGGGACUAUUUUAAAGGCGACAACAUGAAUGUAGACAAAUUAAUAAAUAUAAAACAAAAAACGAAAA